AAGAAAAAAACACCAUUAUGUGAUUCUAAAAACAAAUUGGUGAAGAAAAAGGAACAACCAUCUGGUGAUUCUAAAAACAAAUUGGUGAAGAAAAAAGAACAACUAUCUUGUGGUUCUAAAAAGAUAUCAGGAAAGACAUCUGGUGAUAAAAACAUACUGGAGCAAGAGGAAAAGCAAUCAUCAAGUGAUCUUGAAGAAAAGCCUGAGAAAGAAAAAGAG